CUGCACUUGUGCCUUGCUUUCCACUCCUCUCUUCUUCGUCUCCCUCCCCUCCCUCACCCACCCCGCUCCAUCUCUCACCCACUAGCCUCCCCUGUAACCUCAGAUGACAGCGUUUGGUCCUCAGACCAGCCUUCUCCAACGUUGUCUCACAGGGGACGAGUUUUCCUGACGCCAGCCUACUUGAAAUAUGAGAAAGAUGAGUGUGUUGAGACAACCGGCCACACCAUGGCAUCUCAGAUUCCAGCACUGCCACAGUCCUACUCUCCUGGGACUGGCAGCGUCUUCUCUGACCAGUCCGGGUUUUUCGCCCUGGACUCCCAUGUACCUGGACUCUCCAAGGUGAUUCUCAACAAGCUCAACAUGAAAGACUAUGGAGAAUACAGGGCUGCCGUUGAGGGAAAACAUAAAAGGGUAUCGUUUCGUAAUUACAAGGAGAUGUUCCAGAGGAUGGAGGAAACCUUCAAGUUCUGCACUGGCUGCAAUAAACUCCCAGAACAUCUUGCAGAGGGAGAAACGCUGAAACGCUGUGUGAAGUGCUUGAAUGUAUACUACUGUACAAAAGACUGCCAGAAGAAAGACUGGCCUCAACAUAAAAAGGUCUGCAAGAUGCUGCGCCUGAAAUGGUCCAAGUCAGCUGCUGAGGUGAAGAGUUGGGAUGACUGGCUCUCCAUGCAGGGAGACCUCGCGCAACAUCUGGACCCCAUCUUGUCUCAUGCUAACAUGACGACACUUUGGAAAAGCGUUUGCAGGCCGCGGCCAGAUGACGCCGACUUGAAACAGUCCUUAUGGCGAAUUCAGAGUGAAUUCCUCUCUCGAGUUCUCGCUGUUGGAAAGGCCAUACAGCAUUUUGGUCUGGACCCCAUUGUAAAACCACUUACUAUUCAUUUAGCUGGGACAUCCCACAAUGAGACUUCGGGAGCUAGAUUGACUGACUAUGAUGAGCUGAGCCUCAUGUUUCCGGGACACCAGGGCAUCGAGAUCGUCAUGGUGGGUCCAGAGGUAGUUGAUGGCCCCAUUGUUAGGCCUCCUCUUCGAGCAUUUGGCCCCAAGCAGAGUGUCUACAUCAGUGCCUACAAAGGCCUCUACCACCAGUUCUGGGAGGAGCUGGUGGAGAAAGAGGAAGCAGCCAAGCCGGACCUGGUGAUUGGAUUUCAUCCAGGGUUCCACGCUAACCCGGGCCUGUUAGAAGGUUGGCUGCCGACCCUUCUGCUGCUCAGAGACUAUGAGAUCCCUUCUUUCUUCACCAUGUACAGUGAGAUGGAGCUGCGGUGCUCACUGCAGAUCCUGCUGGAGCUGGAGGUGCACAUCAGAGACAGCGGGCCCAAUCCGUUCACCUCCCAAAAACCAGAGCAAGUCCAGGCCUGUCCUAACACACCUCCCGUCUACUGCAACUCUCAUUACAUCUGUUUCCAAGGACUGCUGCCUCGAGAAAGCGCGGAGGGGCCCGCCAAAGGUAAACCGAUGGCCUUUCGGUCGCAGAAGGAGAUGUUUGAGAAGAUGGAGGAAUCUUUUAAAGUCUGUACUCAUUGUGACAAGCGACCGGCACAACUCUCCAACCCACAGAGCUUGAAACGUUGUUCCAGAUGUCUAAAUGUUUACUACUGCUGUAAAGACUGUCAGAAGGGGGACUGGCCCAAACACAAGAAGUUCUGUCCGUCCCUGCGUUUUGCCGCCAUUGACAGGGUUGUGGAAUGGCUUGUGUUUAAAGGAGACCUUCCAUUCCCUACGGACAACUGGUCAAAGCCCCGGUCAGAGAUUAAAGGUUGGGAUGACUGGCUGAGCAUGCAGGGGGAGCUCACGUCCCGCCUGGAGCCCGUUCUGCACGGCGCUAACAUGAAGGACCUGUGGGUCAGCGCGGGCCGGCCCCGGCCCGAGGACGACGAGCUGAAACUCUCGCUGUGGAGGGUCUGCAGCGAGUUCUUCUCCAGGCCGCUGACCAUCGCUCAUGGAAUGAGGAUGUUCGGCCUCGAUCCGCUUUCUAAACCUCUCACCAUUCACCUGGUGGGAGCGGGCCACAGCGAGACGCUGGGGGCCAGACUGACCGACUACGAUGAGCUGAGCCGCAUGUUUCCCGGACACCAGGGCAUCGAGAUCGUCAUGGUGGGUCCAGAGGUAGUUGAUGGCCCCAUUGUUAGGCCUCCUCUUCGAGCAUUUGGCCCCAAGCAGAACGUCUACAUCAGUGCCUACAAAGGCCUCUACCACCAGUUCUGGGAGGAGCUGGUGGAGAAAGAGGAAGCAGCCAAGCCCGACCUGGUGGUCGGAUUUCACCCAGGUUUUGAUGCGAGUCAAGGCCUGGAUGAAGGCUGGCUUCCAACACUUCUGCUCCUCAGGGAUUAUGAGAUUCCUGCUCUCUUCACUGCUCUUAAUGAGACAGAGAUGACUUACUCACUGCAAAUCCUGUUGGAGCUGGAGAUGGACAUGAAAGGGAGUGGAGCCAACCCGUUCGGGUCGCUGAAGCCAGAGGUGGUGGGAUCGUCUCCCAACAAGCCCCCGGUAUACUGCAACUCCCACUACCUUUGUUUCCAGGGUCUGCUGGAGACCGUGGAGUUUGAGGGCCCAGAGGAGGCAUGA